UUGGUUUACCGGCCACCCAACUCUUCAGCAAAUGAUGAUGAUUGCCUGAUUGAGUCCUUAUUGGACGUGACCCUCACUCAGGCGCACCUAGUCCUACUUGGCGAUUUAAAUCUCGAGAUAGACUGGUCUACUAAUACUGCUAAGAGUUCGGGGUCUUCCAAAUUUCUCGAGUUUUUCAAAGCUGGUGGGUUCACCCAAAACGUUAUGGAACCUACUCGUGGCGAGUCAAUCCUCGAUAUUAUUCUAACAUCUACUCCUCUACUACGGUCUGUUUCAAUCAAGCCCCCUUUCGCUUCAUCAGACCAUAGUACUGUUGCCUUUCAAUUUCAAAUUCAAUCACCGCUCAAGAACAAUUUACCUUUCCCAAAUUUCAAUAAGGCUGACUACGGCGGACUAUCUUCCUACCUUAACUCAGUCAACUGGUGGGAGGUCUUCUGCGAUUACACUUCGGUCGAUGAUGUCUAUAACAGGUUCUGUGGAGUUGUUCAUUCGGUCCCCACAGAUGCACAAGCAUCGUUACCCCAAGCAUCUGUUGAACCUUAUGUCUCAGAAAACUCGGUUGUUCCACACGCUACCAGUGCCUUAACUGACCCUGUCUACAAAAAUUACUUCGAUGAUUCAGCCAAAGCUGAAGCUCUAGCUCAAUACUUUACCUCCGUAUUUGUUCCCCAAUCUAUUCCACUUGAUGAAGUUUCACCUUUACGUAAUACCUUUGAUUCCCUUUCAGAAAUUUCCAUUGAUCCACUAGACGUGCUACGCGUAUUAAAAUCACUGAAGUGUUCUACUGCUUUAACCAUUGAUGGAAUCCCGCAA